AUGAAGAGGCAGCAAAGCACAGCUGGCCUCGGGGAACCGGAAGCCACAGGGACAUCAGGCUGCGUGCUGCUGUCUGCUGGCCACCGGCUGGGGGACUGUACUGGGCCUGGAGGGACAUCCCUGACACUCCCCAGCGGAUGCCAGGGGCACCCCCAGCCCCAGACACGCCUCACGCCACGCCCCACUUCUCCCCUGCCCACUUCCCCCUCCUAUCAACUGUCCACAUCCUGCUGCUGGCUGCACCCCGCCCCUUUCGGCAAGCCGGCCGCGCCCCUUUUACCCGUGAGUUCGCUUCUCACCUUGCCCGCCUCCUUCGGCAUGUGGGCCCCACCCCUCCCGCCCAUCUCCCUCUGCACCGCCCUCCCGCCCGUCCCAGAGCAGUGGAGGCCCGCCCUUUUCAUCUACAGCCUAUCGCAGAGGACGUUGCCGUUCGCGCUGACCAAUAGGAGUGGUGGCCGUCACGGCAAGCCCCGCCCCGCGCCCUACGUCGGGUUAAGUGGGGUCCCUCGCCAGCCCCGCGCUGAUCAUACGCCCUGUGGCGCGCGGCAGGGACUGUGUACGCUGAGGCUGCUGAGCGGCGGACAUGCACACCACAGAGCGUGGCGAUGGAACAGUAACCGGGCUUGUGAGAGGGCUCUACAGUAUCAACUAGGAGACAAGAUCCACGGAUUCACUGUAAACCAGGUGACAUCUGUUCCCGAGCUGUUCCUGACGGCAGUGAAGCUCAGCCACGAUGACACAGGAGCCAGGUAUUUACACCUGGCCAGAGAAGACAUGAAUAAUCUGUUCAGGUACAUGGUGCAUUGUAAGAACAUGGUCUUGAAUGUUUUAUUUAAAUCAGGGAUGUCCAAUCUUUUGCAGAGAUGCAAAGAAAUGCAGUAGCUGACAGACACAGGAUGGCUCUGGGAGAUGCAGAAGGAGCAUGUCACCCAAAAUAGAGCCAAACGGGUAUCCUUAAGGAAGGAGCAAAGGGGCUGAAGAAGGGAUUUGUCAUGAGAGAUGGGACAGGAAGUUCGCUAGAGGCAGAGGGAGAGCAUGAGAAUGUCAGGAAGAGACGAGAUCCUCACACAUCUGGGAAGCUGACAAUCCAUCAGAAUGGCCAGGAGGAAAAUAAGGAGAAGCAGAAAUAAUAGAUGAGGCUGGAUAUAGAAGCAGGGUUCAAGCUGUGUCUAUUGUGGUAAAGAGUUGUGAUUCUAUCCGGAAGGCAAUGGGUAGCAUUCUAAACAAAGAUCUUUUAAAACGAGAGUCAGAAAAUAUUUUCUGCAAAGGGCUAAAUGUUAAACAUUUUAAGUUUUCCAAGCCAUAUGGUCUCUCUGUUAAUGAUUUAGCUCUUCCAUUUUACCAUGAAAACAGUCAGAGAUGUCAUAUAACACAUGUAUGUGGCUGUGUCCCAGUACAAGUUUACUUACAAAUGCAGACUGCGUCAGACAUGGGCCAUGCAUGGUAGUUUGCCACACCCUAUUUUAGAAAGCUCAGGUUUGUGAUAUGAUGGAGAAUGCCUAUGAGAGCUCUUGUUUUAAAUGGUAGAGUGAACAUACACUGCAGUUCUAUCCUGCUUGACCCAAGCUCUUGAUAUUGAAACGUAGAAAAGAUAGCAAAUAGAUAGAUGAUAGGCAGGUAGAUAGAUGAUAGAUAAAGAAAAUACAUAGCUGUUCCAGAAAACAGAAAGGGAUAACUUCAUGAACCAAAAAGAAAGUAAUAUACUUUAGAAAGGAAGCAGGCUGGAAAAUCCACAGUUGCAAAGCGAAUAAAAUUUCCAAAUGCCUCUUUGAGUCCUUUCCUGGAAGUAGUCACAGCCGACUUCCUCCUCUGUUUUUUGUUUGUUUGUUGUUUGCUUUUUUGUGGUGUUUUUGUUGUUGCUUUUUUUUUUUUAAAAAAAAUCCCUUUCCCUGCUUUUUUGUCACAGAAGCCUUUGUCACUUCAAACACUGCAAGUGUUCUUUUAAAAAAAUUAUAUCAAUCUUUCAAUUAAAAUGCAACAUGUCUGCAACCUGGUAUCUGGAGAGGUGAGAUGGACAAAGGAGCCCUUGUUACUGCACGUUUUCUUGCCCCAGCCUUCACCUUGCACACAGCAACAGACGAUGCACAAAGCCACUUCCUUAUGAACUGAAAUUCUGAUCUUUUUAUGACCGACCUUUCCAUCUUUCACCUUCCCCUCUCCCAUGCUGUGAAUGAUUGUAUUGGACAUUUUUGUUUUACUCUCAGUGACAAGGGAACACAGGUAGCUCUAAUAUAACUGUGACCCAGAUGCUUCUGUUUCUAUAAUGUAUUCAUUUUCUAGCAAACAUUUACAUCCAUCAUUUUUCACUGUCUUUUGAAAAUAAUUAGGCAAUAUCUCAUCUGAGGUAGAAUGUUUCUAGUGGUUGUGUUCUGAGGGAAAAAAACUAAUCUGUUCUCUAUCCACUGCUUUCCAGGAACAGUAAGAGGACCUUUUGCUUGAAUAAUUUUUAUCCACACUGCAGAGUGGGUAAUGAGCAGAUUAUGUAAAAACAAUUCUGCUUCACUUCAGUAACAGCCUCCUCAACUCAUUUUUUGUCAACAAACUUAUUUUUCCAGCAGAAGAAUCCCAGGCUUCUUAGAGAACCCAGUGACUUUUUGCACCUAAAUCAGUGAAAUCAUGUUUUUUUCUGCCAUAUCCAUAGUUCAAACAAAGAUGAGGCAAAGCCAGACUCAUUCCUGAAGGAACCCAAGAAAGUCCUCCUUUCUCUCUCUGGAAUGAAAUGAAUUCUCUAGACCAUCAGUUCUAACCUUCAAAAACCAAACCUGUUUGUGAGAUCUCCUUCAAAUACUACUGUAGACCCCAGUGUUUAUUCAUCAAAUUUUUUGAAUAUUUGUUUUA